UGGGGACAGUCACUGUCUGUCCCCCUCAGCUCUGCGUGCGUGCCAUGCCUCGAGAGCGCUGACGUCAUGUUUCUGGAAGCGGCGGCGCUGUUACGAAAUAUUAUGUCUCAUCGGGAGUUUCCCAGUGUGACCGCUCCCUUCCCCUCCCAGCAGAAUCCCGGGAAUCGUCCUGAACACAUUCCUGGGACAUUCCUGUGGUCGGUGAUCCUGUGUCGCCGCUUCCGCCUGGACUGACGGUCCUGCGCGGUGACCUCCCGGUGACCUGGGUCACUCGGACGGAGAGGAGGGAGCCCUGUACCUGGUACUUUGUCGACAAUAAUGCAGCUCUGAGGUAUGUUUUUGCACGACCAGAGUGACCUGAUUAUUGUGAGUGCCUGCUGUUACGGUUUGUCGUCUCAAGCGACGACUUGGUGCCAUAUCGCGGCAGAUGCUGCCAUGUUGACAGUUUUGGGACCAAUGCUGAGCGCUUUCGGAGGCCGUCAUACUGCCUGUCGGUGGAACCCAUCAUGGCUUUGUAUUCAGAUAACACCGCUUCAUAGUGCACCAUCUAACCACAUCUCAUUGACUAUAGGUCACCUCCCCCGUAUCUGGCUCAGCCUUUAGUCAUGCUCACUUAUCAUCGUGUUGUUGUUAUAUAAGCAUACAUUAAACACUAUUUUUCUGGUUUUCUUUGUUCUGUGAGCUAAUACUACGUCACGUCCACUUACUCCACUUGCCUUUUAGAACGGUUAAUUAUUAUUCCAGUAUGUACUUAUGAAGUUUGCUCCGUGAGAGGUUCUGCCAGCUAUUCACAAUCUCAAACCUUGUUACUAUGAUGUGAACUUUUUUAGAUAAGAUUUGCAGCAUUGUAUUUGGACCAGUAGUUUUUCGCUAGUGUUUGAUGACUUGUAUGCCGUGCAUCUGACCGAGUCUGGGCAGACAGACCGAAUGUCCAGUGUUAAGUUUUGAGUGAAAAUAUAUGAGAUGACGGACAAUCCUUGCCUGCAGAUGGCUGCAUUUGGAACAAAUCAGAUUGACAAUACCUAUUAGCCGAACUAUAUGAGAGUCGUACUAAGUGCGUUUUAUGCGAAACUUCAGUCAGUUUGCGUCAAGAAGGCGUCAUUUUCAGUGGCACAUACUGACAAACGACAACCGUCGGUACUUCGUACAGCUAUCGGUAGUAGGUGAUCGAUAAACCAACACAAUUGGCUAGGUGGGCCCGUGGCAGUUUAACCUUUUGGACUGUCAAAACGGUUGAACGCAAGACCAUUACUUUUCACGUUUCGGUCGGAUGCUGAUAUCGCCGAUAUCGAUCGAAAUGACACUUCUUCCGUGACUGGUGUCAUGCUAAUGCGGUUGUGUUAGGCCGAAAGAGGCCUUUUGAUUCGCGAUUGAAGCCAAGUGACAUAUAGUAACGGUGCUGCAAAACGCUCAAUGAUGUCCUUUUGCAAAACUUUGAAGCCUAUGUCGAAUACCGCGCAAAAAUGUUAUCAGCUACCUUGGCUCGUUAUGAGUAUUUGUCCACGACCGAUUACUUUGCCCAUCAUCAGCGAGGACCAUCCUGCGGACGAUGCUCGCAGUCAGGUUUCGAGUCUCGUAGGCGCAGGCUAGCUCUUGUUCCUGGCAGCUGACGAUGGUUGGAUUCUGUGGCAAUGUAGGGUACUAAAUCGGGCUGCCAAAUAUCAUGUCACUGUGUGUAGUGUGUUGCAAUGCCAAUGCGUACCGAGGGCCGAGCCCGCCCCAUUCAUUGUCUAUUUCCUGCCGUUCGGGCGAGCGGGCGGCGCUGGCUUCCCAUUGGCCGGCGGCCUCGGCGUGAAUCACCAGCUGACGGCGGCGGCGGAGCGCAGUCAGCUGAUUGUUUACCUCGCCGCGCGGCCGGCGGCGCUGGUCGCUCGGCGUCGGCCGCCAGUGGACGCCGCGGCCCGGUGCGGAGAGCGUGCAGCGCGCAGACCGCCAUGAUCAGCGGUGACGCCAAGCGAGACGGUCUCAAACUGAACUUUUGCCGCAGCAUCAGUGCGCCGAGCGAGGCGAGCGUGCCAGUGGCGCCGCGGCCGGUGACCAGCUCCCUGCCCGCCUCGCCGAGCGCCGAGGCAGCGGAGAUGAAAAAGACGAUGGUGCUGAGCCGGACUCGCCAGUGCAGCAGCGCCGAGCUGUCCAAGCGGCUCGCCUCGGGCGGCAACAACUCCUUCGUGCUGCUGGAUGUUCGACCGUUCAUGGCGUUCAACACGUCGCACAUCCAGGGCGCCAUCAACCUCAACUGCAUGGACCGCUUCAACCGGAGACGACUGCAGCUGGGAAAGGCCUCGCUGGCCGAGCUGGCUUCCAACAAGGAGGCCAAGGAGCUGCUGAAGCGCAGGACGUUCCGCGAGUUCAUCGUCUGUGACGAGAGCACCUCGGACCUGGAGCUGCUGCCGUCUGGCCAUCCGCUGUUCAUGGUGUUCAGCGCGCUGCUCGAGGACAACCGGGACCCGGUGCUGCUCAAAGGCGGUAUGGAGGAGUUCAGCCGCCAGUUCUCUGAGCAGUGCGACUCAGAGCUGCGUCCCGUGGAGACAGACCUGCCCGACUGCGCGUCCCAGCUGCGAGAGCGGGCUGAUGAAAUCGAGAAGGCGCGUGUCACGCAGAUCCUGCCGUUCCUCUACGUGGGCAACCAGCAGGACGCCAAGGAUCUGGACAGCCUCAAGAACUGCGGCAUCACCCGUGUGCUGAACGUCACUGCCCACGUACCGGGCUACCACCAGCAGCAGGGCAUCAGCUACAAAACACUGCCGGCCGCCGACUCGGGCCAACAGAACAUCAGCCAGUACUUCGACGAGGCGGUCGAGUUUAUCGACUGUGCCCGCCGCCUGGGAACCCGCGUGCUCGUACACUGCGUGGCCGGAGUAUCACGCUCGCCCACCAUCGCCAUCGCUUACAUCAUGAAGUGCCUGCCGAUGAGCAUGGUGGAGGCCUACCAGCUGGUGAAGGCGCGCCGGCCCAUCAUCAGUCCCAACCUGAACUUCAUGGGUCAGCUGCUCGAGUGGGAGCGCUGUCUGCAGCCGCAGGGCCGCGCUGCGCCUACCGACCCGGCGGCAGCGGCGGCGGCGGCAGCGGCAGCGGCGGGCCGGCUACCCACCGCGCCAUCCGGCCAGCAGAGUCCGUGCCGGCCGCUGGAGACGUGCACCAGCUGACCGGCGGCCGCGGCCGCACCCUGUCCAGCCUGAUCUCAGCCGGCGACGUCAUCGGGACGUGCGCCGGUUCCUUGAAGGGCGCCGCCGCGACUCGGCCGCACGGCGCUCGAGGCGCCGCGGCCGGCCCGCAGAGUGCCAUCCGAGCGCAUACCUGGGAGCGGAGAGAGCCGGAGGGGUGUAUUGUCUGCCACCCUCCCCUCGCGGCAGCGAAUUCUAGAACUGUCUCUUCGCCCGUGUCUAGAAGGGAGAUGGAUCGCGGCCCGACCCCAGUGCCUCUCUUCGAACCUUGCUGGUAUGCAUCCCUAUUUAUUUUACUGUGCCUUUGUAGUCGUGUGCGAGUUGCAUUGAUGUCGUGUGUCACGUUUUACAGAGGUAUUCACCAUGUUAUACCACCUACAAAUGUGUGCAAAUAAACACCGUGCCUGUUGCGAUA